CCCCCGUUCACAUGCUUCCGUUUGUGGAUGCCUCGUGGAUGCUUUCCGAGACUUGUUAAGUGUAAUUCCUCAUUCUGGUAGUUCGAAAACUGGUGUACCUUACGCAAAGGGAAUAAUUAAUUGUUCAGAAUGUUGCCGGAACCCCAUGAUUGGCAGCUACAGUAUAAGGAUUUGAAGCCCCGGGUUGCUCAUCUGCUGCAGUCCGGCUUAUGGUCAGACUGUUCCUUCCUGGUGGGUUCGGAGGUGGUGCCAGGUCACAAGUUGAUGCUGUCAUUGGCAUCCCCGGUGUUUGAAGCCAUGUUUUAUGGCACUAUAGCGGAGACAAACAACCAACUGAUACCAGUCACAGAUAUACAACCUAAAGCUUUUAAAGCACUUUUAGAGUAUAUCUACACAGACAAGUUAAACGUCAGUUGUGUGGUAAACGCCUGUGGGCUUUACUAUGGAGCCAAGAAAUACAUGCUGCCCCACCUCAUGAAGAAAUGUCUCCUCUACAUCUUGUCUUCUUUAUCUCCAAAUAAUGUAUGCUGCGUGUAUGAAUUCACAAAAGUCUUUGAAGUCCAUGGUCUUUUAAAAACAUGUAAACAGAUGAUACAGGUUAAUGCCAGUGAGGUGUUGAAAAACAGCAACUUUGAGGAGGUGGAGCUGAGCACAGUGCUGGAGGUGUUCUCGAUGGAGCGUCUGCGCGUGAGCAGCGAACUGGAACUGUUCGCGGCGGUGGACCGCCGCACGCGCACCUUAUCAGAAGAUGGUGAUCAAAAGAUCCGGAAUGUGCUCGGAAAGAUCCGUUUCCUCACGCUGACGCCGCAGCAAUUCGUGGAGGGUCCGGCGAAGUCUCCGCUUUUCACUAAGGACGAGGUCUUGUCGGUCCUCACCAACAUUGUGUCAAGCAACUCCCAUUUACCGCUGCCGGACGGUUUCAGCGCCUGCCGCGUGCCUCGCAGCCUGCUCGCUGGAUCGGCAGAAGGGAUGUUGAACAUGGAAGAGGAUUGUUGGCGCCGGGUGCUGAACUAUGUACCAUUGCGGGACAUAAUACUUUCGGAGCGUGUCAGUCGCGGCUGGCAGAAGAUGGUGCUGGUAUACCUAUCAAGUAUCAGUAUUGGUAUUCUGCCCAGUUGGGCAUUGUGGCGGCAUGUACCAGAUGUGCGUUGGUUGGAGGUUGACAGCUCGUCGCUUGAGCUGUGCUGCCGCAAGCUUGGCGCGUCACUCGAGGUCGCGUGCUGCGCCAGCGAGCAGGAUUUAAAAACAAUCGCAGAACAGUGCCCUAACUUGAAACAAGACACCGAAAUGGAAUAUGACGAAGCGCGGUCCGAAGCGACCUUCCGCUACACAGUGCAGAAGUUCCGCAGCCUCGAGGGCCCGGUAUUGUCCCCACCCUGCUACGUGCGCAACCUGCCCUGGAAGAUCAGGGUGAUGCCCCGGCAGGCGCUCGACUCCGACCUGCUGAAGCGGAAAACGCUCGGCUUCUUCUUGAAGUGCAACGAGAAGAACGAGUCUUCCAGCUGGUCGUGUAACGCCAUGGCAGAGUUGAGACUCAUCUCGCAUAAGCCGGACUGUGAACCGUUUUUUAUGAAGAUGGAGGUUUUGUUCUGCAGUAAGAAGAACGGUUGGGGAUUCCCCGACUUCAUGAAGUGGGACGAUGUCCUGGACCCGGAGAGGGGUUACAUCAAGGACGACGCCAUAACCGUCGAGGUGCACGUGACGGCACAGGCGCCCCACGGCGUGUCGUUGGAUUGGUUUCGGAGAGCUGCAUCGUAAAACUUGCCAGUAAAGGUCUAAAGAGAUUGAGUCAACAAACUUACAGACACUCGAUUUGAUGUGGUGUGAAGAUUUAAAAUUCAGCCACUUAUCUUCAGUGGAACGAUUAAGGGGACUCGAGAAACUCAAAUUGAUUUUCGCUCCCGAAGAAAUUAAUGAAAAUUUACAUUUGUUGCUGCCCAAUACGCCCACUGUGUGCGUGACAAUGGCACGCGCCGUAGCACGCGCUCAGGCACAAUGGCACACAAUGGCCGACCGCUCACAUAAAAGAAAUAAUUGGUUUUGUUUAACAGCUUAGGGUGUUAAGCGUAAAAAUCAUUUGAGAAGAUUCAUACUAUACGAGAGCUAAUUGUUUGUGGUUAUGCUCAUGAGUGUGAAUAUGAACACUUUUCGGGGGCGUCUGCAAGCUUAACCACUUAAAAUUUCUGUUCUCCAGCCUCGUAGACUAGUGACGAACGCGGACUUAGGCCCCAUUCGCACGAGAGCUUAAAAAGCGGUGCGUGUGCGACGCACCCAUAAGUAAGAGCGAGAAAGCGAUACCUCUUUCUCGCCUUUACUUAUGGGUGCAUCACACACGCAACGUUUUUUGAGCUCUCGUGCUAAUGGGGCCUUAGAGGCCACAUGGCGAAAAGCUGCAAAAAACUACAGUUUUGUUGCUAUCUGCCUGCACUUGUAAGUUAGCAAUGCAUGAUUUAUAACAGAGAAGUUGAAUAGUGCAAUGCCGCACUAAAAGUAUGCAGUUAUAUUGCAUCUUCAGUGUACCUGUGUAAACUUUCAUUAGAAAUCAGUAUAUCUAUCCCUAAAACGAGCUAGGCUUAAAACAAGGUCCACCCGAUGUAUAUGUAUCGAAGAAGAUGAGGGAAGAUGUCGAUUCUACUUCCCGUGAUCUAUACAACAUACUCCAGAAACUUUCAAAUUGCGAAAAAAAGGUAAAUGUGACGCGUGCACCGCGAGUAAAAACGUUGACGUCACAGUAAUUUUGUCAGGCAAUUCAAAAUUUGUAUCUGGUAACCCUAGUCACAGGCCGCACGGCUGCGAGCUGCGACAAAAUGUACGGAAAGCAUCGUGAUUUCUUUUUUGUUAUUUACGCCGUAAAAAGGAUAAUUAUAAGGUUGCCAAUGUCAUAAAUUUAUUCUCGUUAUGUUAUAAUAAAAGGAAUCUAGUAAAAGUGUUUUUGAUAUGCAUUUUAGAUGGAUUAUUCCCACUAAAUACCUCUAAGUUGUUACCAGUGGUAACUACUGGGAAUUUUU